ACCCCGGGAGGGGGCGGCCCUGUCCCUGAUGGAGGACGCGAAGGCGAUGGCGGACGGUGCGGCGUGGCCCGAGGUGCGGCUGGCGGUGUCGGAGCGGCGGCGGGAGCUGGUCCUGCGGGGCCCGGAGCUGGAGGAGAGGGUGAGGCUGAGAGGCCUGGACCUGGCCGUCUUUGAGCUGCCGCUGCUGCAGCACCUGGAGCUGGGGGCUGGCCUGGACACGCUGCCGGGGCAGGUGUGCGGCCUACGGGCUCUCCGGAGCCUGGUACUCCGCGGGAAUAACCUGAGCCAGCUCCCCGAACAGCUCGGCCUCUUGUCCGAGCUCCGCAGCCUCGAUGUGUCCGGGAACAGGCUGCAGUGCGUGCCCGCCAGCCUCGGGCUCCUCAGCCAGCUCCGGGGCCUCAAUCUGAGCGGGAACCGCCUGGAGGAGCUGCCCCCCGGCCUUUCCCGCUGCUCCUCCCUCACCCACCUCCAGCUCUCCCACAACCGGCUCCGCCAGAUACCCCCCGACAUCACGGAGAGCCCCCUGGGCUUCCUCACCUCACUGUGUGCCGCCUCCAACUCCAUCCACACCCUCGAGCCGAGCAUCAGCCGCCUGCCCGCGCUCCGGACUCUGGAUCUGUCCAACAACAAGCUCUCAGAGAUUCCUUGUGAGCUUGCUGACUGUCCCAAGCUGAAAGAAAUAAACUUCAAAGGAAAUUGUUUAACCGAUAAGCGACUAGAAAAGAUGGUGAAUGGAUGCCAGACUAAAUCCAUCCUGGACUAUCUGAAAUCAGGGGGUCGUGGCAAGGGGAAGGGAAAAGGAGAGAGUGCAGAGAAUAGAGAGAAAAGCAGCAGGAAGAAGAAGAAAGCUCUGAGGAAAGAUGAUGAAGAAUCUGAUGAAAUGGAAGAAUUGAACAAAUUAGUGGUGCGAGUGCUGCAUGUUUCUGAAAGUCCAUCCUCUGUGUUUGUGAAAGUCACUCCCAAUGUCAAGGAAGUGAGGCCCUACAUUGUGUGUUGUAUUGUGGAAGGAAUGAACCUCCAGGCUGGAAAUGCAUUGAAACGAUUCCUGGUGGCUCAGACAAAGUUACAUGAUGAUGACUGUCAGAAGAGAACACUAGCAACUAUUGCAACACAUGAUUUACAUCUGGUGAAGGGACCAUUGCUGUAUGAUGCCAGACCCUCCCAAUCCUUAAAGAUUGUGCCACUUGGAAGGAAAGAGAUAAAGGCGACAGACCUGUUACAGCGUUUACAGAUGGAAGCUGAUGAGCAACGCAAACAGAAGAAACGUCAGAAUGUUUCUGGCCUUCACAAAUAUCUCCAGUUACUUAACGGAAAGGAAAAUUUUCCUUGUUUAGUCGAUGCGGAAGAUCAUGUAAUUUCAUUCCCACCAAUCACAAACAGUGACAAAACAAAGAUUAGAAAAACCACCAGUCAGCUGUUCUUGGAAGUAACCAGUUCCACAAACCUGCAGACUUGUAAAAAUGUGAUGGACCGUUUGAUUGUGCGAAUGGCAGAACUGAACAAGUUCACCUUCGAAAACCAGGAGCAGGAGUUUGUAUCUGAUGACGUGACUGAAGUGACUAAAGACCUAACAGAAGACCAACCAGAAGCUGAUGACCUUCCCGCGAUUAAGAUGACCAGUCCCGAACUGAUAGUGAGGCAAGUGCGGGUCGUGGAUGCAGAAGGGAACCUGAAGGUUGUUUACCCUGCCAAAACUGACUUAAACGUGGAUGUCCAUAAUGUAACAAUAAUCCGAUAGUUCCCCCACACAAUUUUUUGCCACAAUUUUGCACUAUUUAUGUUUGGGGUUUCAUUUUUUUUAAAAUAUGUACCAUUAACACACUUUCUCUUGAAGCUGCUGGUUUUGACUGGAAUAUUUCCUGGCUGGGGUCUCUGGCCCUUUAAGUAAUUGGCCACUAAUCAUCUAGUGGCAACUGUACAACUACAGAGGUUGUCACAGCAACUGUACAAGCACUUUCAGCAUUGUUUUCAUCUGUCUCUUUUAGAUAGUACGUUUGAAUUGACUGUUUAGUCUCUCAAAAGAAAUGUUUGUUUGCCUGAGCCAGAGAAGGGUUAAGGGAGAUCCCCUAAGUGUACCUCACAAUAUAGAUUUUGAGAGUAGGGAGAGAAAGAGCAAAACCAGACAAUAUUGCAAUGUGGUAGAACUCAAUAACAUCAACCCAGGAAGCUUCAGCGAAUGGGUCAUCUUAGUCAUCGGUGGAGUGAGCAAAGUAUUUCAACCAAAAAUGUCUGUUCCAACUUACACCCCUGGUUUUGUGAAUAAAUGGCAACAAUGUUCUGCUAACUUUGUUCAAAAUGGUCAAUUAAUGUUACUGCCAUUGUACAGCUUACAAAAUAUAAUCUGAUGCAGUUACUCAUUUAUUUGAUCAUUUUUCAACUCCAUCCUUUCAGUUUUUUGCUUCAGAAAUUGACACGGAGUUAAGGUGUACCUUGGCCUGUUUCUGCAGUGUUUAACAAUGCCAGUGUUCCUGCAUGAAGGGACUAGAUUGGUGGUGGUGUCAUGGAAUGAAAAGUGGCAUGGACAAUGAGAUAAAUCCAUUCUGAUUUUGCUGUAUGUAUUAAUAAACCAAUGCUGGAAAUAAA